AUGGGCAAACAUAAGCGUAGCCGAAGUAGUUCUAGUAGCAGUAGCAGUAGUAGUUCUGCUUCAAGUAGCUCAUCAUCAAAAACAAAUAGAAAGGGUCGUUAUGAUAAGUCAACUUCUGAAUGCUCCAGAACUGAUACUCGAUAUAACAAGCGGUCAAAAUCGGCGCAAUCACCAUCUAAAAAUAGCGCAGAAAAACGACAAAUGGUGCGUAGCACAGUACAUAGAACCACUAGCAUGCCAAGAGACUGUUCGGGAUAUCCAUCUGAUAUUUUAGUGCAUGUGCCGAAUAGUGCAGCUACUGUCACCAGCGAAGAGAUCAGAAAUAGUGAUUCUUACACCCCGAUUUUUCGACAGUUAGGCACGUCGAACUUACAGAGUACCCGAAUAGGAUCGAAUGAUACUAUUGACAACUCAGUAGGACUACAACAAUCAGAAAAAUCAGCGUAUGAAGAUCGAAUAAAACGCUUGGAACAGCAAGUUGAAAAUUUGACAAAACAGAAUUCAUCUGAAAGUCCUAAACUAACACUAAGAAGUGACUGUAUUCCAGAAUUUUGCCGUGAAAAUGAGAACCUGUCAGCAGCAAAGUGGCUAGAAAAAAUAGACCAAUUGAAAAAUAUUAAUAGAUGGGAUGACGUCACGACAAUUUACCAUAUGCAAUCACGGUUAGCUGGCAUGGGAAGAACUUGGUAUCACAGCUUAAAUUCUUUAAACUACACAUGGUUAGAAUGGAAAGAACUAAUCAUAAAAACAUUUCCAGACCACAUUGAUUAUGCGAAGGCCUUACGGAAAAUGCUGGAAAAAACAAAAUCGCAUAACGAGUCUAUGACUGCAUAUUACUUUAGUAAAAUGGAAUUAAUAAGAACAUGCCAAAUAGUAGGCAAAAACGCUGUUUCCUGUUUGAUAGAUGGGAUUACUGACAUAAAUAUUCAGAAUGCAGCCCGUGCGGGUCGUUACGAAAUACCCGAAACACUUUUUGAGCAAUACCUAUCUAUGUUGCGUGAUGAGAGUUCACAUCAGUUGCACAGUAAUAAACCGGAAACGAUUACGAAGAGGCAUAACAAACCAGACUUGCGCAAUGCUAUUUCAAAAAAAUAUAAACCAUACCACAGAGAAGAUGUUAUGUGCUACAAUUGUAAACAAAAGGGACACUACCAAGCAAGCUGCCCAAAAAGCCGAAAAGUUUGCAGCAAAUGCAAUUUAUUAGGGCAUGAGGCUGAUCAGUGCCGAACAGGUCAAGGGAAACACGCAGGCUUGCAAACUAAAGGUAAGCUUCAUCCUAUUCUAAGUUUAUCUUCUAAUCAACCGGUAAGCACUUGCUAUUUUAUUGAUUGCAUUAUUAAUAACGAGCCCCUUAGAGGUUAUGUAGACUCAGGAUGCGCCGCGGUAACAAUUAGAGAGACAAACGCGAAAAAUCUCAAGUUACCACUUACACCAGCAUCUGUCCGUUUGUGUGGGUACGCUGGGGGGUCCGUCGUUGCCAACUGGAAAACAAAAAUUUACCUAACUGUAGAUCAAGCAUCUGCUCACGUAGAUGCGUUGAUAGUCCCUGACCAAGUACAGGAAGUACCGGUUAUAGUUGGACAACCUUUUGUCAAUAAUGAAAGUGUUACUGUGGUUGUUAGAGGCAAUCAAAUUCGACUCUACGACCAAAAUUUGAUAAAAAUAGGGACAUUGGACGAGUUUUUGUCAAAAAAGGUAGAGCUUGUGUCAGCUGAAACAACAGUCAUACCACCUAAUUACAUGGGUCAUAUUGUUAUUAAGCAAGACGAAAGCGUGAGGGAUGUUUUCGUAAACUUGCAGACUAGGGAUUGCGGUAAGCUGCAACCGUUAGAUGUUGCUGUUUAUUCUUCAUUUAAGUCACGUUAUAACAGAGUUUUGAAUAACUGGAUGCUAUCAAAUCCAGGGAAAACGGUGACGAUAUAUAAUAUACCGGAGCUUAUAAAGACAUUGAUGUCAGACGCCUUUAGUCAGGCGAACAUCCUUAGUGGGUUUAGAAAGAGCGGCAUUCAUCCUUUUAAUCCUGAUAUUUUCACUGAGGAAGAAUUCAUGUGCUCUGCAGUCACUGACAGAAGUUUCUUGGGCGAUGACGAUAUGCUUUCUGCUCAUUCGACUCUUCAAGACCAUUCGGCUCGACUGACUUUUUCUAAUAGUAUAGAAAACCCGUCAUCUUCCUUUGACAAUCACUCCAUGCGUAGUGAUCAAAAUGGUGCUCACUUAGAUAAGGUUCCACUUGUAGCUCCGGCAGCAAUAAGGCCUUACCCAAAAGCUUCGCCCAGGAAGAAAACACGGCAUGGUCGUCAGCCAGGAAAAACAAAAAUCUUAACCGAAACUCCUGAAAAAGAAGAUAAUCCUGUAGCUGAUCCGGCAACUGUUGGGAUACUCACCGAAAGGAACAUUGAGGAGAACCGAACGAUGGCUGCGAAAAACUCGAGGGUAGGAGGAAUUAAAAAGAACAUCUUUCAAGAUGAUGAAACAGAAACGCAACGGGAAGAUAGUUCAACCAUAGUCGAGCAUAAAUCCAGAAAGAGAAAUUUCAGGAGUUCGACUGGAAAUGGAAGCACAAGAAGAAAGACCAAGUUGAAAAAACGCGUUAAAUCCAGUGAAACAGAAUCAGAGGACGAGUGCGUUAUCCAAUAUGCUGAUAGCUCGAGUGGUGACGAGGCUCAAGAUCCAAGUGACCCUUGGUAUUGUUUUGUUUGCCAAAACGAAGAGGUUUUGGAUAUGCGCCUUUGCAUUUCCUGUAAAAGGUAUGCACAUGAAAUAUGUGUUGGACUGACGAAUAAAGACAAUGAAAACUUCAUAUGCCAUGAGUGCGACUGA